GGCAGCCUAUGACAUCAGCCAGGAACGCCUGGGAUGCCGCUGCUCCUGGCCAACCUCCGAGAAGGAGGAGGGUCCUGCCGGCUAAGAGUUAAUUAGCCCCGCGCGGCGAGGGGGGAGGCGCCAGUUUUCUGGGGACACUGGCUGCCACUGUACUCCCACCCAGGGGAGCUCACCGAGAGUUGGAUGAAUUCUGGGCUAUUAGCUGCGGUCAUCCGGGCUCCCGAGAGCCUGUUCCUGGUGGAAAACAGGGGGCGUCUGGCAAAGGGACCAGCGGCUUCCUGAGCCUGUCAACAUGACACUUCUGGGGUCUGAGCAUUCUUUGCUGAUUAGGAGCAAGUUCAGAUCAGUUUUACAGCUACGACUUCAACAGAGGAGGACCCAGGAACAGCUGGCUAACCAAGGCAUAAUAUCACCACUGAAAAAUCCAACUGAAUUCCAUGAGCAAAGAAAAAAUUUGGAUAGUGACAAGACUGAAAAUUCCCUGAAGCACAAAGCCCGAAACAGGUCUGACCGUGCCGAUUUGGUUAAUAUGCAUAUACUCCAAGCCUCCACUGCAGAGAGGUCCAUUCCAACUGCUCAGAUGAAGCUGAAAAGAGCCCGACUUGCAGACGAUCUCAAUGAAAAAAUCGCUCUCCGACCAGGGCCACUGGAGCUGGUGGAGAAGAACAUUCUCCCUGUGGAUUCUGCUGUGAAAGAGGCCAUAAAAGGUAACCAAGUGAGUUUCUCCAAGUCAGCAGAUGCUUUUGCCUUUGAAGAGGACAGCAGCAGCGAUGGGCUUUCUCCGGAUCAGACUCGAAGCGAAGAUCCCCCGGGCUCAGCGGGAUCCCCCCCAGACGCCAAAGCCUCAGAAACCCCUUUGGCAGGCCCUCUGGGGACAAUCCAGGAUCUUGCUUCUGGCUCAGAAAAUGACAGGAGUGACUCAGCCUCGCAGCCCAGCCACCAGUUAGAUGCGGGGAAGCAGGGGCUUGGCCCCACCAGCACCCCAAUCCCUGUGCAUGCCGCUGUAAAGUCCAAGUCCUUGGGUGACAGUAAGAACCGCCAUAAAAAGCCCAAGGACCCCAAGCCGAAAGUGAAGAAGCUCAAGUAUCACCAGUACAUUCCCCCAGACCAGAAGGCAGAGAAGUCCCCUCCCCCCAUGGACUCAGCCUACGCCCGGCUGCUACAGCAGCAACAGCUGUUCCUGCAGCUCCAGAUCCUCAGCCAGCAGCAGCAGCAGCAGCACCGAUUCAGCUACCCUGGGAUGCACCAAGCUCAGCUUAAAGAACCAAAUGAACAGAUGGUCAGAAAUUCAAACUCUUCUUCAACAUCACUGAGCAAUACCCCCUUGUCCCCUGUCAAAAACAGUUUUUCUGGACAAACUGGUGUCUCUUCUCUCAAACCAGGCCCACUCCCACCUAACCUGGAUGAUCUGAAGGUCUCUGAACUAAGACAACAGCUUCGCAUCCGGGGCUUGCCCGUGUCAGGCACCAAAACGGCCCUCAUGGACCGGCUCCGGCCCUUCCAGGACUGUUCUGGCAACCCGGUGCCGAACUUCGGGGACAUAACGACGGUCACUUUCCCCGUCACCCCCAGCACGCUGCCCAAUUACCAGUCCUCGCCCUCCACCAGCGCCUUGUCCAACGGCUUCUACCACUUCGGCAGCACCAGCUCCAGCCCCCCGAUCUCCCCCGCCUCGUCCGACCUGUCGGUCGCCGGGUCCCUGCCGGACACCUUCAACGACGCCUCCCCCGCCUUCGGCCUGCACCCGUCCCCGGCCCACGUGUGCGCGGAGGAGACGCUCGCGAGCAGCCUGAACGGGGCCUCCGCCGCCUCGGAGCUGGACGGGCCGGACUCCGAGAAGGACAAGAUGCUGGUGGAGAAGCAGAAAGUGAUCAACGAGCUCACCUGGAAGCUGCAGCAGGAGCAGAGGCAGGUGGAGGAGCUGCGGAUGCAGCUGCAGAAGCAGAAAAGGAACAACUGCCCCGAGCAGAAGCCGCUGCCCUUCCUGGCCGCGCCCAUCAAGCAGGAAGAGGCCGUCUCCAGCUGUCCCUUUGCAUCCCAGCAAGUCUCUGCGAAACGACGAAACAGCGGCCCCGAGCCCCCGUCGCAGGUCUGCGGAGCUGCUCCUCUCCCGCCCCUGGCAAACGCGCACUGUGCGGAGUCCUCGGGCCAAACCGGCGUACUUUCUUCCACGUUUCUCAGCCCGCAGUGCUCCCCCCAGCACUCGCCCCUCGGGGCCGUGAAGAGCCCUCAGCACAUCAGUUUGCCCCCGUCGCCCAACAACGCUUACUUCCUGCCUGCGCCUGCCGGGGCUCAGGGAGAAGCACACAGGGUCUCCUCGCCCGCCGGCAGCCAGGCGUGCCCCGCGCAGAACUCAGGGGCACACGACGGCCAUCCUCCAAGCUUCACUUCCCGUUCUCCCAGCCUCCGCCCACCUUUCUCCGGAGCCCAGGCAGACAACAGUCACUGUGCCGGGGGCAACCCUUGUCCAAAAAGCCCAGGUGUACAGCAAAAGAUGGCUGGUUUACACUCUUCUGAUAAGACAGGGCCAAAGUUUUCAAUUCCAUCCCCAACUUUUUCUAAGUCAAGUUCGACAGUCUCAGAGAUAACACAGCCUCCCUCCUAUGAAGAUGCCGUAAAGCAGGUAAUUGCAUGAUUUGUUCUUUACAGAAGAAGAAACCGACUAAAUGGACACUGUGUCAUAUUAUUAAACUUUGUGCCGUUCGUAAAUUC